UUUUUUUUUUCUUUUGAGAAAAAGAGAGAGAGAGCAAAGCGACAGAGCUGGAAAACAAGGAAAUUGAGAUAUCUUAGAGGGAGCACAUUGGAUAAAGACAGUGACAUAGCUCAAAACUACCAUACAAACCUGCUGGUUAACGAAAUCCAAAGAUCUGAAAAGGACGUUCUUUUGUCCCCAGCAGUCAAUCGAACCGACCAACUCUUGCAGAUUCCAUGAGCUAGCCAUGCAAGGCCUCUAAAGUCUAAAGUUCCUUUUUGGAUAAUGCACUUUCUGGGUCUGUGGUUUUUAUAGGCAGUACUGGAAAUCCAUUUGUGGGUUUUGGCUUUGUUUGGUGCAAGAUUGUUCAAGAACUUACCAAGUGAACUGUAGGUUUUUUGGUUUUUGUUUUUGCUUUUUUUUUUUUUGGGAAAUGGGUGUGUUGAGUGAGGGUUUUACAGAGGUUUUGAUACUUGUAGCUUCCCUGGUUGGUAUUGGGUUUGCUUUGUUUCAAUGGUUUUUGGUAUCAAAGGUUAGGGUCUCUGGUGAGUCUGGCAGUGGUUAUAGUGAUAGAUUGAUUGGGGAAGAAGAAGAAGGUGUUGAUAAUCUUGAUGCUUCUCUCAAGUGUGCUGAAAUACAGAAUGCUAUUUCUAUUGGGGCAACCUCCUUCCUGUUUACUGAGUACAAGUAUCUCAGUAUCUUCAUGGGUGUUUUUGGUGCCAUCAUUUUUCUCUUUCUUGGUUCGGUUAAGGGCUUUAGCACCAAAAGUGAACCGUGCACAUACAGCAAGGGGAAUCUUUGCAAACCAGCUCUUGCCAAUGCCAUCUUUAGCACAAUUGCUUUCUUGCUUGGUGCUCUCACUUCUGUCCUCUCAGGUUUUCUAGGCAUGAAGAUUGCAACCUAUGCCAAUGCAAGGACAACUCUACAAGCAAGGAAGGGUGUUGGAAAAGCCUUCAUCACAGCUUUUCGAUCUGGGGCAGUGAUGGGUUUCCUUCUUUCUGCCAAUGGGCUUUUGGUGUUAUAUGUAUCCAUCAAUCUGUUCAAACUUUACUAUGGAGAUGACUGGGAGGGACUGUAUGAGUCCAUUACUGGUUAUGGUCUUGGAGGCUCAUCAAUGGCACUCUUUGGAAGAGUUGGAGGAGGUAUAUAUACAAAAGCAGCUGAUGUUGGUGCUGACCUUGUUGGUAAAGUUGAAAGAAAUAUCCCUGAAGAUGAUCCAAGAAAUCCAGCUGUUAUUGCUGAUAAUGUGGGUGACAAUGUAGGAGACAUUGCUGGGAUGGGUUCUGACUUAUUUGGGUCUUACGCCGAAUCAUCUUGUGCAGCACUUUUUGUUGCAUCAAUUUCACAAUUUGGUAUCAACCAUGACUACACAGCCAUGUCUUAUCCACUGAUUAUAAGUGCAAUGGGAAUAAUAGUUUGCUUAGUAACCACACUUUUUGCAACUGAUCUGUUUGAGAUUAAGAAUGUAAGUGAAAUCGAGCCAUCAUUGAAGAGACAACUAGUUAUCUCAACCAUUCUGAUGACUGCUGGGAUUGCCAUUGUCAGCUUCUUAGCUUUACCAUCAGAAUUCACUCUCUUUGAUUUUGGGACUGACAAGCUUGUAAAGAACUGGCACCUGUUCUUUUGUGUUGCUAUUGGCUUGUGGGCUGGACUUGUUAUUGGGUAUACAACAGAGUACUAUACUAGCAAUGCUUACAGUCCAGUGCAGGAUGUAGCAGAUUCUUGCAGGACUGGUGCUGCAACAAAUGUGAUAUUUGGAUUAGCUCUGGGAUACAAAUCUGUCAUAAUUCCCAUAUUUGCCAUUGCAAUUGCUAUCUAUGUCAGCUUUAGCAUGGCCGCCAUGUAUGGUAUUGCCAUGGCUGCUUUGGGAAUGCUCAGUACAAUUUCGACUUGUCUUGCAAUUGAUGCUUAUGGACCCAUAAGUGACAAUGCUGGUGGUAUUGCUGAAAUGGCUGGAAUGAGUCACAAGAUACGUGAAAGAACAGAUGCUCUAGAUGCUGCCGGAAACACCACUGCCGCAAUUGGCAAGGGUUUUGCUAUUGGAUCAGCUGCUUUGGUUUCCCUUGCUUUAUUUGGUGCCUUUGUAAGCAGAGCAGGCAUCAAAGCUGUUGAUGUUUUAACCCCUAAGGUCUUCAUUGGCCUGAUUAUCGGCGCCAUGCUUCCAUACUGGUUCUCUGCCAUGACAAUGAAAAGUGUGGGAAGUGCAGCUCUCAAAAUGGUUGAAGAGGUCCGUCGACAAUUCAAUACUAUUCCAGGACUUAUGGAAGGUAGAGUUAAACCAGACUAUGCCAACUGUGUCAAAAUUUCAACUGAUGCAUCACUCAGGGAGAUGAUCCCACCUGGCGCUCUGGUUAUGCUUACACCACUCAUUGCUGGAACCUUCUUCGGAGUUGAAACUCUUGCUGGUGUUCUUGCUGGUUCACUUGUUUCUGGUGUCCAGAUUGCCAUUUCGGCUUCUAACACCGGUGGGGCAUGGGACAACGCCAAGAAAUACAUUGAGGCUGGUGUUUCCGAGCAUGCUAGAUCACUUGGACCUAAAGGUUCAGACCCUCACAAAGCUGCUGUCAUCGGCGACACAGUCGGAGACCCCCUGAAGGACACUUCUGGUCCUUCACUUAAUAUCCUGAUCAAGCUCAUGGCAGUGGAGUCAUUGGUGUUUGCUCCAUUCUUUGCUACUCACGGGGGCCUGCUGUUCAAAUUGCUCUGAAUAUUAUCUAUUAAACCCAAUCUGUUAGCUAAGGCAGAAAGAAAAUUAUGCUUACCAUUGAAGCAUUAUCGUGUAAUCUAGCGCUUACUGUUUGUUGAUGAGGCUUUGCUUCUGCUACCUUACCACUUUGACCAUUAAUAAACUAUAGUUUCAUGUGUA